AUGCAACCGCUUGCAGCGAGCCAAAGGGACCUAAAACUCGCAGAGAUCUCGUGCACCUCGCGGAACAAGAACAAAAGGGGAUACCUCAAUAUUUACUUGGGGGCCAAUGCUGGCUGUAACGAAAUGACUGCCGCGCACUGCCGGUGUACUUACUUUGGGGCGCACCUAGUACUAGGUAUACUUAUCAACGAGGAGGGUAGCCAGGUGGAGGUGGACUCGCUGGUCUGGUGGAGUCAGGUCCAGUUUCAGCAAGUGAGGAAUAACAAACGGAACCAAAACGACCUGAAGUCGGGCUCUCUGCCUGCAGCCAGCCAGCCGUCAGCAGUGAAGCAGCACCUGCUGACGCUCGACGCCACCAGCGCGUCCCAGCUUCACCCCUCUCGAGCCUUCCGUUCGUCGCGGUGCCGCUUCGACGGAUACCCCCCCAUCCUCCACCGCCCGUCUUGGUCCGACUACGCACCGGCGACCUGGUGCGAAUCGAGGCGAAUCCUCGACAACGUCCGCUUCGGCGUCGCCGUCACUGCAGACGGUCGGUACCCGUGCGACCCGCUUCGUUCGGCCUGCCUCGGGCGUCGCUUCACGACAAGCACGACAAGCACCCUCGCCAAGACGAGGACGGUGCCGACUUGCCGCUGCGAGCUGCCACAUUGCCGCCGUCGGCCACUGCGGGACAUGGCCUCCAGGUCGAGCUCGGGCUCGGGCUCGGGCUCGGGCUCCAACCACCGUCGUUCUCGUCAACCGCCAGACGAUUUCCCCCCUCUUCCCGCCCCCAGAAUCUCCCAGCUCCGGAACGUCUACUCCCCCCCCGCCAUGCAGGGGACGUCCCCGAACCACCCUACGGCGCGAACCUGGUCCACGACGGCCCGCCGCGCCGAGCGCAUCCGCAGGCUCGACGAACAGGCACCGAGCCUCGACGACCUCGACCAGUCGAUGGAGCAGUCCUCCUGGCUCGGCUCCUCCCGACACGGCCGACCUCGGUCGCGGGAUGCCGAUGUCCAACGCACCAGCUUCCACGAACGCACCGGCUUCCAAGAACUGGACGAUUCCCUCGACGACGCCAACGCCCAGCUUCAUUCGCUGCUCCAUGUGACCAACCGCAUCAGCCUCACGUCCCCGCUGAUGCGCACCUCCUUCACGCCGCCGCCCCCUCGACGGCGCGACUUCCCCGAGGAUAACCGAAGGAGCAAACGGCGGAAGAUAGAUGCCAACCGGCUCGCCUCGAGCGCCAGGGGGUUUCGCUACGGCAGGUACGGCCAGGUCGAGCCGGGACAGCUGCACAUGGAGAUUGUGAGCUGCGACGGAGGCAUGUUCUCCAACGAAUCGUCCUUUGCGGCCGAGAACAUACUGAGGAACGACAACUCGGUCUACUGCACCAAGGGCAACCGCUGCAACAUUGUUCUCCGCCACCAGGGCGCCACCAUCUUCACCCUGCGGGAGCUUGUCAUCAAAGCUCCCUGCUCCAUGAACUAUUCCCACCCCAGCGUGCGAGAAGGCAUGGUGUUUGUCGCCAUGAACCAAGACGACGUGCUCAGCCGGACGGCGCAAUACCAGAUCCAAUACCUACCACCCACCAGGGACUGCCCCUGCCACGAGUUCGACGACGGCCUGCAUCCGUAUGACCGCCAAACCAUCUCGAUCCGCCAUCACGACGAUGGCACCAUCAGCACGAGGGCCAGGAGAUCGUUCCUGUAUCGCGACGACGGCACCGAGGACCUCAUGCCCCACAUGCCGCACGAGUUCUCGCGCAACCUGCCCGACUUCCACGUCGCCACCGAGUGCAGCGACGACGAAGAGGACGACGGCGACGUGCCUCACAUGUACCGCCGGCCUCCCGACCGCAUCGGGUCCCUGCCCUUCGAGACGGCCGACUCCGACUCCGAGGGUGCCUACAACCCGUUCGGGUCCGAAGAGUUCCUCGACGCGUCUCCGCGGCACGGCCCCACGCCGCACCACGGCGGCGACCGCGACCGGCUCGGCAUCUCGCUCGCCGAGGCGUGGGACGCUCACGCCAGCGCCACCCAGGAGGCGGUUCGCGCCGUCGGCGGCGAGCUGCUGGUCCCGCACGCCCGCUUCUUCAUCGAGACGAAGAAGAGCAAGUGCACCAUUCGAUUCGACCCUCCGGUCUCGGGACGCUUCAUCCUGCUCAAGAUGUGGAGCUCGCGAUUCGACACGACGAGCAAUAUCGACAUCCAAUCUAUCAUAGCCCGCGGCUUUUCCGGCCCUCGCUACUUCCCCUCGGUCUCGCUGAGCUGA